AUGAACCAUAUACAAUAACAGAAAAACUAGAAUAAAUUCUAAAAAUUUGUUAUUGAUUACUAUGUUUUAUUCAAUAAAAAUUAAAAAAUACAUCAAAGGACCUAUUUAAAGAAUGAUCAAGAUCAAUAAAAAUUAUAUGUUAACAAAAUUAAGUUAAAAUUUAAUUAGGUUGAAUUAGAGGAAAUAUUAGAUGAAAAAAUACAUAAAAUAUUACAAUUUAUAAUACUGAAAUAUAAUUAGAAAAUAAAAAAUAAAUAUAAUCAACUACAAAUCAAAUGCCUUUAAAAAAUCUAGUAUCGAUUUAAAAGACUUCAAUUAAUAUUCUAAAAAGAUUUGAUGCAAUCCUAAAAUAUUUAUAAGUCUCUCUUCAACCAGAUAUCAUACUUUUAAAAAAUAGUCUUCAUUAAAAAAAACUUCAGAUUAAUGAAAUUAAUAAAAAUAAUUAAAUAAUUGAAAGAGUUUACAACAUAUCAAUCAAUCAAUUAAUUCUUCUAGAAGUUGUUAAAGUGUAAAAGAAUUUAAUGAAUUCAUGAAAUAAAAAAAGUAAAAUAAGUCUCCACAUCCAGUUGUUUCAACUAAAAAAAUAAAUUAAAAAGGAAUUUCAUAUUUUUUCUUAGAGUAUUCAAGAUUUGGCUUAAAUUGUUGAAAAAAUAAACUAAGAUGAUACUUAAAUAGAACAAUAAUUAAAAAAUAAAAUAUACAAUGUUAUUAAAUAAUUGAAAUAACUUGAAGGAAUUAAGAAAUAUUUAUUAUGGGAAGAUGAUCAAUAAGUAUUUAUAUUGUUUUCAUUUAUUUAUUAGUGUAAAUAACCUCAGUCAAUUCAAUUAUUUCAUAACAAUAAAGAUUGUAAAAUAAAUAAGAUAAUGAUAAUUUUCAGUUAAUUAAAAAUUAAUAGUAAGUUUAAACAAAAAAGAAUUCAGAAAUAUUAUAUCCUUUAAAACAAUACCUAAUGA